CUGCUAGACCGAUUCAGACGAGUAUAAUAUUGCGUGGUCGCUUGUGAGAAUUAUCAGUGUUGUGAGUUUUGAGACAACUUGUGAACGUUUUUUGUGUUAAAUAAGUAAAUAUAACUUUAAAAAAAAAUACUUAUAAGGAUUUUAUUUUUCUAAAAACUUUUACCGGUUUGGCUCGUGUUCAUUUCAAAUUGUACAACUUACAGCGAGAUUCACUAGUAUAUCACUGGAGCAGUCAAUAUGGUGAAGGCCAGGAAAUGGGUCGUCAAAAAACACUUCGACGGUGUUCCUAAGCUAUCGGAUUUUGAAAUCGUGGAGUACGAACUGCCACCGCUCAAAGAUGGAGAAGUUUUGCUCAAAACCGAGUGGGUCAGCGUGGACCCUUACCUGCGUGCGUACAAUCCAAAUAUCCCAGUGCCAUACGACCAGUUUAGUUUCCAAGUCGGAGUGGUUAAAGAAACAAAGAAUCCCAAAUUCCCAGUGGGAAUUAAAGUAGUCACCCACAAGGGUUGGUGCGACUAUGUCAUUGUCAAUGAAACGUCACCCGAAGUAGGGCAUUUCCCCAAGGCGUUAACAUACAAAUUGCCUGAUUUGCAAGGCCUGUCACCUUCAUUAGGAGUGGGUGCCGUUGGAAUGCCAGGAGUAACAGCUUACUUCGGAUUCCUAGAAGUUUGUCAGCCAAAAGCUGGAGAAACAGUGGUCGUAACCGGAGCAGCAGGUGCUGUAGGCUCACUGGUGGGUCAGAUCGCGAAGAUCAAGGGCUGCAAAGUCAUAGGUUUCGCUGGUUCCGAGGAGAAAUGCCAGUGGUUAGAAAAGGAACUCGGUUUCGACAAAGCUUUGAAUUACAAAAAGGUGGACGCGCAAACAGCUUUGAAAGCGGCCGCGCCAAAGGGCAUAGACUGUUACUUCGACAAUGUUGGGGGCGAACUGAGUAGUACAAUCAUAAGCCAGAUGAAUACAAGAGGGAGGGUGGCAGUUUGCGGCAGCAUCAGCGCUUACAACGACAAAGAGAUGCCCAAAGCAUCAAUUUUACAACCAUCCAUAGUUUUCAAGGAAUUGAGGAUUGAAGGAUUGAUUGUUUGGCGUUGGAUCGACCGUUGGACGGAAGGUUUCACUCAGUUGGUGGCUUGGAUCAAGAGCGGCCAGCUAAAACCAGCGGAGCAUGUCACGGAGGGUUUCGACAAACUGUACGAUGCGUUUGUUGGAAUGCUGGCCGGAGAAAACACCGGUAAAGCUGUCGUUAAAGUUUAAAAUUUGUAGUAAUUAAAAGAAGUUCAAACAUGA